UGGGUUAAGUGGGUUUGGUUUAGCUCGAGACAUGUGUGACUGUGUAGAAUGACUAGAAUCUAAACUGCAAGGGGAUUAGCUAUAAAAGGAUGCUUAGAUUAAUAUAGGAAAUUGUCUAUGCUCAUUUUUAAGUUAUGGAAUCAGAGACAGAUCAUAAGGAAGGAGGUCAGUCCUAUACGGUGAGCAUUGCACUCCCUGGUUCUAUUCUUAAUAAUGUACAAAGCUUUCAAUUAAAGACGUACCUUGCUGGACAGAUUGCAAGGAUUGCGGCCAUUUUUUGUGUCAAUGAAAUAGUUAUUUUUAAAGAGGAAGGAACUGAUACUAGGAAGGGCUCAGAGACUGAUCCUGAUGUCUUUAUGUGUAGAAUAUUACAAUACAUGGAAACGCCACAGUAUUUAAGGAAGGCACUCUACGGUAUGCAUCCUGAUCUAAAGUAUGCAGGUGUAUUGAAUCCACUGGAUGCUCCUCAUCACAUGAGAGCUCACGAGGACUCUCCUUUCAGGGAAGGUAUUGUAUUGAGUUCAACUGACGAUGGAUCCUCAAUGGUAGACUGUGGACUAAAUAAUAAUGUCACUGUGAACAAGAAGUUGGAAACUGGAGUCAGAGUAACUGUGAAAAUGAAGAAGCGCUCAGAAUCAGGAAAUAAUCUUAGAGGAAAAAUAGUGGCUCCUUCGAUUCCAUUGACAUCUAAAGGUAUCUAUUGGGGAUACCAGGUUAGGUAUGCUCGGAGUUUUGGUGAAGUCUUCACUAGCAGCUCAUACAAGGAGAGCUAUGAUGUUAUCAUUGGUACAUCAGAGAGAGGUGAUCCUAUUGAUAGUGUCCUACCUUUCCCUCAAUACAAGCAUCUUUUAAUUGUUUUUGGUGGUCAGCAUGGGCUGGAGUAUAGCUUGGAGAAGGACAGGACUCUGGAGGUGGAUGAUGUUAGAUCUUUGUUUCACUUUUACCUAAACACCUGCACCCAUCAAGGAAGCAGAACAAUAAGAACUGAAGAAGCUAUUACUAUCUCACUCUCGGCUCUAAAAGGACACAUUAUUCCGUCAAAAUGAUUACGCAAGGUGCCCCAUUGUUGGUUGAAGUGUGUUUCUCAAAACUGGUAUUCUUACAUUGAAAAAGUGAAACAAGCAAGAAAAGCACAAGAGACAAAAUUAAAGUAUACUGGUUAAAUAAGUGAUAGACAAACAUGGUGGUGUGUGAAUGUAUAGAGUAUAUAGUCAAUUGUUCUCAAUAUCCUUGUUUAUGCAUCAU